AUGAGCGGGCCAAGCACAAGAGCGUGUCUGCGUGCGCUAGCGAGCGCAGCGAGCGGCACAAGCGCGGCAGGCACCAGCAGGCUCCCGCUGCCCCGGCCGGCGUUCGCGCGCGCGCUGGCCACCUCGGCGCCAGCAGCCUCGGGCCACAACCGCUGGUCCAAGAUCCGCCACCGUAAAGGCGCGGCCGACGCAGCGAGGGGCCAGCACUGGUCGCGGCUGAUGACUGCUGUCCACAUGGCGCUGCGGCCGCCUGCAUCGCACGACCCCGGACAGAACCCGCGCCUCGCGUUCGCUCUCCAGCGGGCCAAGGACGGCGGGGUGCCCAAGGCGAAUGUGGAGCAGGCUUUUGAGCGGGCCCGCAAGGCGCUCGACGGCACAGGCCAGUCGAUCGUGUACGAGGCCAUCGGGCCGGGCGGGCAGAGCGCGUUCAUGGUCGAGUGCUUGACUGAUAGCCCGGCGCGCACCGUGUCGCGGGUCAAGGAGAUCCUGCACAAGAACGGCGGCCGCGUGUCGGCCGUGAGCUUCCUGUUCGAGCGCAAGGGCCUGGUGCGGGUCCAGCCUUUGCCUGGCGCGUCGUUUGACGCGUUGUUCGAGACGGCCGUCGAGGGCGGCGCGGAGGACGUGCGCGAGGCCGAGGUGGACGAGGAGGGCAAGGACGAGCCGGUGUGGGAGGUCCGCACCGCCCCGACCGACCUCGGCGCCCUCACCGACCUCCUGACCUCGCCGCCGCACGACGCGUCGUACGCGCUCGUGUCGUCUGAACUCGCGUUCCUCCCGCUCGACCCUCUGCCCGUCGACGAGACGGACGACCACUUCGAGGCUGCUGCGCGCAUUGCCCAGCUGCUUGAAGACGACGCCGACGUGGUCAAGGUAUGGACCAACAUCGAGUAGUAGCAGGCUGGCAUGGUAGAGCAUACAUAUACAUAGAUAGAUGCAUAGCAGCACACAAG